AUGGAAAUCCGGCUGUUCUCUCUUCGGAGACCUUCCGCUGCCAUGUCGCCGCCGAUUCUUCAGAUGCAUCUAUCAAUCCAUACACCUGCGUCGCCCCUCUUAUCCUUCUCAUCCCAGAUUGUGUCUGACCCCACCCACUUAUUCCUCAUAUCCAGUUUCUCUCGUCUCUCAAUUGCUAAACCACCCCCAUCAACGAUGAUUCGCAUGGGCGGAGGUCCGAGAACAUUCCCCGGUGGCGUUUCCAAGUGGCAGUGGAAACGGAUGCAAGCAAAGAAGGCUAAACAACUCCUCAGAGCUCGGCUCGCCCGUGAACGCCAGGUUUACGAAAUGCGAAAAAGGGCUGAGCUAAGCGCCGCCAUUUCGGAGCUCGAGCGGCCGUGGGAAGUCGUAGAGAAAGCCCCGAAGUUGUUUUCCACUAGCGCCGAUGAGCAAUUGAAGGUUUUGGCUGACCGGUUUCAGAAACCGGGUGGGUUCGAUUUAUGGUCCGAGAAAGAUGGACCCCAGUUGUUUGAAACUGUAGAUGGUAUUCCUUCCGCUAGGUUUUUCCCAAAAGGGGUUGUUCAUAGCAUCAAACCAUACGGAAGAAUCAGUGAUGGGUAUUCGCCUGAAGAACCCGAUUUGGUUCAUAGAGAUGAACAUGAUGAGAAAUCAAGGAAAUUUGAGAAAAACAAUACAGGUAUUGGGUAUCCCUUUUCGGAUGAUGAUUCGGGUUUGAUUCUCAGAAAUGGGCAUGAGGAGAGUUUAAGAAACGCAAAUGGGAAAUCCACGAAAAAGGAUAGUAGAAGGAGAAUUCGUACAGGGUUGGAUUCGGGUCGAGAUGGAGUCAAUCAGAAAGAUAGUGGGAGCAUUUGCAGAAAAGAUACAAAGAGGGGAAAUGGUAGAACAGAACACUCUGCUUCAAAUUCAGAAGUGUUUGAUAUGAGUUUGCAAGAUGAUGGAAGUUAUGGAAUUUUAAAAGAGGAAAUGAAGAUUACAAAGAAUAGACAAGAGCAUAGAGGAAAUGAAAUCUGUUGA